CAGCGCCCCAAUUUCGCCGUUUUCGUCUUGUCGUCCCCCUGCUUCUCGUUCUUUUUCUCUCCUCGGGCCUCGUUUUUUUCUAGGUAAACCUGCCGCUCCCUUUCGGCCUUAGUUUUUUUCUUCUGAAUAGCAUCAAAUCUGAAGUCGGAGUCGAGCUUUUGGUUGAUCGAUCGCUCGUUGGUAGAUUCCAUCGGUGAAAGGUCGUUGCCGGAAACGUAGCAGCAGCCGCUUUUGCCCGUGAAAAACCAUGAGUUCUCUUAGUAGAGAACUCGUUUUUCUGAUACUCCAGUUUCUUGAUGAAGAGAAGUUCAAGGAAACGGUGCACAGGCUGGAGCAAGAAUCUGGGUUUUAUUUCAACAUGAAGCACUUCGAGGACGCGGUACUCGGUGGGAAUUGGGAGGAGGUUGAAAGGUAUCUCUCGGGUUUUACCAAGGUGGACGAUAACCGUUACUCGAUGAAGAUUUUCUUUGAGAUCCGGAAACAGAAGUAUCUCGAGGCCCUGGAUAAGAGAGAACGGGCGAAGGCUGUGGAAAUACUCAUGAAGGACAUCAAGGUUUUUGCAGCUUUCAAUGAGGAGCUGUUUAAGGAGAUUACUCAGCUUCUAACCUUGGAAAAUUUUAGAGAAAAUGAGCAGCUCUCGAAGUACGGGGAUACCAAAUCUGCCAGAUCUGUGAUGCUAUCUGAGCUUAAAAAGUUGAUUGAGGCCAACCCUUUGUUCCGUGAUAAACUGCAGUUCCCCAAUCUUAAGAACUCGAGAUUAAGGACGCUCAUUAAUCAAAGUUUGAAUUGGCAACAUCAACUAUGUAAGAACCCUAGGCCAAACCCAGAUAUUAAAACCCUGUUUUAUGAUCACUCUUGUUCCCAGCCGAAUGGUGCCCGGGUAGCAUCCCCUGCUCCUCCCGUCAUGAAUGUGAUGCAAAAACCUGGAGGGUUCCCACAACUAGGUCCUCAUGCAGGGGCUGGAGUUAUUGCGCAAUUUCAGCCUCAAGCAACUGCUCUUCCAGCACCACUUACUGGUUGGAUGGCCAAUGCAUCAAAUGCCACUCCAAUGCCACAUCCAGCAAUGUCGGCCAGUCCCCUUGUCCUAGCUGCACCACCCAAUUCAGCUGCUCUGUUGAAGCAUCCUGUUGGAAAUCCACAUAUGGAUUAUCACUCUGCAGAUUCAGAACAUGUUCAUAAAAGGCCACGUCUUAUGGGAACAUCUGAAGAGGCUUCUUUACCUACUACGCACUUACCAGUUGCAUAUGCUGGCAUUUCUAGAAAUCACCACAUUAUUGAUGAGUUGCCCAAGAAUGUUGCUGUAACUUUAAAUCUGGGUUCUAGUGUGACGAGCAUGGAUUUCCAUCCUUCUCAACCAACAUUUAUUCUAGUUGGUACCAAUGUUGGUGAUAUUUCUAUUUGGGAGGUGUCAAGCAGGGAGAGGCUUGCUCAUAGAAAUUUUAAGGUCUGGGAACUUUCUGCAUGUUCAACGCUCUUGCAGUCUACUUUGGUUAAAGAUCCUUCCAUUGUUGUUAAUCGUGUGCUUUGGAGUCCAGAUGGCAAUCAAUUUGGUGUUGCAUAUUCCAAGCACCUUGUGCAUUUUUAUGAUUUCAAUGGCCGUGAAGAUUUAGUGCAGCAUUUUGAGAUUGAUGCACAUAUUGGUAGCGUAAAUGACAUUGCUUUUUCGCAACCAAACAAGAAAUUAUGCAUAGUGACUUGUGGAGAUGACAAGACUAUCAAGGUCUGGGAUGCGGCUACAGCAGUGGUUCAGUAUACCUAUGAAGGUCAUGAAGCACCAGUUUAUUCCAUAUGCCCACAUUCAAAGGAAAACAUUCAUUUUAUUUUUUCAACCUCCCUUGACGGGAAAAUUAAAGCUUGGUUAUAUGAUAAUGGAGGCUCUAGAGUGGAUUAUACUGCUCCAGGCCAAUGGUGUACUUCCAUGGCUUAUAGUGCCGAUGGAACAAGGCUGUUUUCCUGUGGGAGUAGUAAAGAUGGAGAUUCAUAUAUUGUUGAAUGGAAUGAGAGUGAAGGCUCUUUAAAGAGAACAUAUUCUGGUUUCCGUAAAAGGUCAACUGGAGUAGUGCAUUUUGAUACAACAAAAAGUCGUUUUUUGGCAGCUGGUGAUGAGUUUAUGAUCAAGUUUUGGGACAUGGACAAUACCAACCUUCUGACAACAGCUGAUGCAGAGGGUGGAUUGCCGGCCUCUCCUCGAAUUCGCUUCAACAAGUUAGGAUCACUAUUAGCCGUUUCAACUAUUGACAAUUGUAUCAAGAUAUUAGCCAAUGCUGAGGGAUUUCAACUGCUGCGAUCUUUUGAAAGUCGGUUAUAUAGUGCUUCUAGAUUAGUAUCUGAAGCAAAGGCUUCCACCCUCAGCCCCUUGGUAACUGUCAGUGCUGUUCCAGGAACUAGCACUGCAGAUGCUGAUCGUAGCGCCCAAGUAGCUCCAGUUGGCGCAUUGCAAAGUGGUGAUAAUCGUACUAUUGCUGAUGUCAAACCCCGAGUUCUUGAUGAGUUACUUGAGAAAUCCAAUACAUGGAAACUGGUUGAAAUCAAUGAAUCAACUCAAUGCUGUUCCCUUAGGCUUCCUGAUAAUUUAUUAGCAGUCAAGGUUUCCAGGUUGAUUUACACCAAUACAGGUCUUGCAAUUUUGGCUUUGGCAUCAAAUGCUGUUCACAAACUAUGGAAAUGGCCGAAAACAGACAGAAAUGUAUCUGGAAAGGCCACUACAGCUACUGCUCCACAGAUAUGGCAACCUACCAGUGGAAUUUUGAUGACUAAUGAAACCAGUGAUGCAAAUACAGAAGAAGCUAUUCACUGCUUUGCACUAUCAAAAAAUGAUUCGUAUGUCUUGUCUGCAUCUGGGGGAAAGAUAUCCCUUUUCAACAUGAUGUCGUUCAAGACAAUGACGACGUUCAUGCCGCCACCACCUGCAGCCACUUUCCUUGCUUUUCAUCCACAGGACAAUAAUAUCAUUGCUAUAGGCAUGGAUGACUCCUCAAUCCAAAUUUAUAAUGUUCGGGUUGAUGAGGUUAAGAGCAAACUCAGAGGGCAUCAAAAGAGGAUUACAGGGCUUGCAUUUUCCAACGUGCUUAAUAUUCUCAUCUCCUCGGGAGCAGAUUCCCAGCUGUGCGUGUGGGGCAUGAAUGCAUGGGACAAACAAGGUAGCAAGUUUUUGCAGAUUCCUCCUGGUCGGACUCCAGGCCCGGUUGCAGAGACAAAGGUUCAAUUCCACCAGGAUCAGGUUCAGUUCUUGGUUGUGCACGAAUCCCAGAUAGCAAUAUAUGAAGCCAGAAAAAUGGAGUGUCUUAAGCAGUGGGUCCCCCGCGAUGGUUUGGUAACCCAUGCAACAUAUUCUUGUGAUAGCCAAAUGAUCUAUGCCAGUUUCACUGAUGGAAGUGUGAGUGUCUUCACAUCAAUACUUAGAUUGAGGUGUCGGAUAAGCCCUGCAGCCUAUAUUAAUUCUCCGCCGAGCUCCAGUGUUUAUCCCGUCGUUCUUGCUGCCAAUCCCACCGACCCCAAUCAGUUUGCUCUUGGGUUAACUGAUGGUGGUGUCCAUGUACUUGAGCCUCUGGAAUCCCAAGGGAAAUGGGGAUCUGCUCCUCCAUUGGAGAAUGUAGUUGGCUCUAGCGUUAGCCAACCUGCUGGAAACCCUAGUUCAGAUCAGCCAUCAAGAUGAGAUGCUUAUCAACCCAUCAAGGCUUAUAUUAUAGCUUCAGCAUUCCUGUUUUUCGAAUUGCUCUUUUCUGGGAGAAUACUAAGUUCAUGACCCCCGAUUAAGAAGCAAAUUUAAAGUUGGUUA